ACGAUGUCUUUUAUCUUGACAAAAAUAAAAAAAAGCUUAGCUAAAAUGAAAGUGCUAUGAAUGUUGUACAUGUCAUCAUGUCUCAUUUCUAACAAGAAGAAUUUAAAUAUUCUAAAUUCGCACAAUAAAAGGAAGAAAUAAUUCAAUGACGCAUGGCUUUAUGUGAAGAAGACGCAUUACUAAAACCCUAGAGAUAAAAGCCCUAAAACCCAAAGACCCCACUCUCUCUUCCAUUGUAAACCCUAGAUCACCGGUCAACCUACUCCUGUCUUCUCUACAGUUCCAAAACCCCAUCUCUUAACAAAAGAUGAAGGUGAUUGCUGCAUAUUUGCUCGCUGCAUUGGGAGGCAAUGGCAGCCCUUGCGCCGAUGACCUCAAGAGCAUUCUCGGAUCGGUUGGAGCUGAAGCUGAUGAUGAUGGGAUUGAACUGCUGUUGUCCGAAGUUAAGGGUAAGGAUAUAACAGAGCUUAUUGCAUCUGGAAGAGAGAAAUUGGCAUCAGUGCCUUCUGGUGGUGGUGUUGCUGUUGCAGCUGUUGCGGCUAGUGGUGGUGGUGGUGGUGGUGGUGCAGCACCUGCUGCCACAGAACCAAAGGAGGAAAAGGUGGAAGAGAAAGAGGAAUCAGAUGAGGACAUGGGCUUCAGUCUAUUUGAUUGAUGGAAUGGGAUUUUGAUUUUUUCAUAUGCUAAGAUUUCUCAAAUCUUUAUACUAUUUUAGGAAUUCAGGGUUCUUUUUUCUGGAGACGAUUUUGACUUGGUAACUAUGUUCAAGCAAUUACCAGUAAUUUAGUAAUGACAGAUUUUAAUUUUAUUUAUUUA